AUGUCAACAGAUAAUUUUGUAGAAGAUUCUGAAAUCGAGACUAAUUAUACUGAAAUAGUCGAUGGCUUCGAGAAGUUGGAGUUAAAACCAGAACUUCUUCGUGGUAUAUAUGGUUAUGGUUAUGAAAAGCCAUCGGCCAUUCAACAGCGAGCUAUUAAGCCAUCUAUCGAGGGUCGUGAUGUUAUCGCUCAAGCUCAGUCCGGUACAGGAAAAACGGCAACAUUUGCCAUCAGCAUUUUACAAAGGAUAGAUAUUACAUCAAACACUUGUCAAGCCCUUGUCCUCGUACCAACCAGGGAACUUGCUAAACAAAUCCAAACGAUUAUGUUACUGUCUGCGACUAUGCCGAAACCAAUGCUUUCUAUUGCACGGAGUAUAAUGCAUGAUCCUGUUCAAAUACUGAUUGAGAAAGAAGAAUUAACAUUGGAUGGGAUCAAACAGUUUUAUAUCAAUGUGUGCAGAGAAGAAUACAAAUUAGAAACCUUAAUGGACCUAUAUGGAGUAAUGAAUUUAAGUCAAGUCGUUAUUUUCGUUAACUCUGUAAUCAAGUCCAUAAAUAUUUGUAAUGAGCUUACGCUCAAACAGUUCCAAGUUUCGUGCAUUCAUAGUGAUAUGGAUCAAGAAGAACGUGAUGCAGUUAUGGAGGAAUUCCGUAGUGGAAAAUCACGAAUUUUGCUAUCCACUGAUAUUCUGGCGCGUGGUAUUGAUGUACAGCAAGUCUCUCUAGUCGUUAACUAUGACUUACCUAGUAAUCGUGAGACGUAUAUUCACAGAAUCGGGAGAGGAGGUCGUUUUGGAAGAAAAGGUACAGCCAUCAACUUCAUCACUGAUUCUGAAACAGAAGCUCUGAGUGACUUGCAGCAAUAUUUCAACACAGAAAUUCUUGAGAUGCCUGAUGACAUUGUUGAUUUUCUGUAA